AUGGCCUCGAAACGUAGCUACGAUGCCUCCGACGGCAACGACGUCGCGCAGCCCGCGCCCAAACGCAACAAGAACAAGGCGCGCGACCACCAAAACGCACAUAUCGACCCGACAUGGGGACAGAAGUACGUCUUCUCGUCCGCCGCGGGCUCGACGACGGUGCCGGUAGACCCGGAGCUGGAUUUUGAGGAUGACGGAGAUGCCAUGGCGUAUCUCAAAUCAGUGAGGACGCAAGCAAACGGCAUACCGCACCUACUCGUCGCGCCAAAAGUCCCAAUCGGCCCGCAACUACCGAGAGAGCUCCAGUACGAUGACGGUCACGGCGAAGACGCAGAGGAGGAGAACCGCGAUCGCGACAUCUACACCACAGGCGAGGGCGACUUCAGAGGAUACUACGCCGACGGCGCAUACACAGCACGACCCGACAACUGGGACAAACCACACACAACCAGCCACGGCGACGAAGUAGAAGAGGGCGAGUGGCCCGGCAACGAAGGCCUCUACGAUGACCAAGACCAAGACAGCGAUGCCGGAGGAGACCCCGAGUCCGCCAUCCGCGAAGCCUACUUCGUCGCCAUCCUCACCCGAUUCAACAUCCUCCGCAAAACCCUCCACUCCACCCCGCCCCCCUCCGCCGUCGCUGCCCUCCACCCCGGAUCCCCCCACGACUUCCGCGUCGGUGCCUUUGCGCCCAAAUCAGCAACCUACACAACUUGGUCCAACCGCCUCCGCGACGCGGACCCCUUACCAGCACAAGUCGCCUCCAUGGACAAAGAAGGCGUCCUACGCGUCCUCCGCGUCCUCCUAGGCGGCGGCGCGUUCCUCCGCCGCGGGAGCGAGAUGAAGGAGCGCACGAGCCGGUGGUUGUGGGCUUUGCUCGCGCGGCUGCCGGAGCGCGGGGAGAUGAACCAUGUGGAGGUUGGGUGGGUUCGGGAUCUGGGGCGGCGGGCGGUGCUGAUGAUGCAGAGUUUGGCGGAUAUGGCGGCCUUGAGGGAUGCGUUGGAGGGGGAGGGGAUGGAUUUGGGGGUGAAUGAUGCUGUCGAUGAAAGUUCUGAUGAUGAGGAGGCGUUGAGGGAGAUGGAGGUUGAUGAGAGGGAUGGGGAAAGGGAGGGGGAGGGGAGUGGGGAGACGACGCCGAACGGUAAGGGUAAUGUCCGAGUCGUGGCCUCGAAGCGUGAAGAAGAUCAAGUCGGUGAUGGCGAAGUCGAGGACAGAGAAAUCGACGACGACGACCAAAAGUCAGAGCCAAUGGACGUCUCUGAAGACGGCGAAAUCGACGAAGGCGAGAUCGUGGAAGAAGAACCGGCACCAGCACCAGUUGAAACGCUCGAGGAAGCGCGCGCUCGACUCCUUGCCCAGAUAGACACUGCCGCAGCCGUCGAGGAUGCGCCGUCCGAGGCACCAUCAGAGGAACCCAUCGCGGAGGAGGCUAUCCCAGACGGCGAGGGCGAUGGUGAGGACGUAGCGGAUCAGCUGCGGGCGCGGAUGAACAUGCGGGCCACGCUCAACAUGAUUCUGACCGUCGCUGGUGAGUUUUACGGGCAGCGCGAUUUGCUCGAGUUCCGGGAUCCUUUCACAGGUAUGUAA